AUGCAUCCUGCACCCAGUCUGUCGGAGUCAUUCCCCAAAGACAGCAAGAGUGAGGAUAGAGGUCAACAAGUCUCUCAUCAGCAUGAGCAGCAGCAGCAGCAGCAGCAACAGCGGCAAUCCGCCGGGCAUCAUCAUCAAUCUCCUCAGCAGCCACUCCAACCACACCAAGGAGCACCGCACACCGAGCACGUGCGGCAUGGAAGCAUUCCGGCAUCCCCAGGCCAGUCGGCGACGCCCAUGAGGAAGGAUACGGGCUCAUCCACGUCGACGAAUGCUACCGAUUCGACGGCCAUAACCAAUGCAUCGACUGACACCAACUCGACCGCCUAUAGCGUAGAGUCAUCACAGUCUAUCUUCUCGGUCAAGGAUGGUUCCGAAAUCUCGCACAAUCGCCGUGCUAGCCGCAGGAGGACGGGGCCUUUAUCGGCCCAGCAGAGAGAGAAAGCAGCGCUGAUUCGGAAGCUGGGCGCUUGCUCCGAUUGCAGAAGACGGAGGGUUGCUUGCCACCCCAACCAUCAUAAUAUGACGUGGGAAGAUGCUAUGCGGAAAUAUCGCUCGUCCAGCCCUUUGCAGGAGCUGGCGCCCCUGUCUGGUCGCCGGAUCAGCCCCGCGCCAAACCAUGCAGCCCGCCCCAGGCAUCACUUCCCCCAAGAUCCUCAGGAGAUGGAAAUUGACUCCACCCCCGCUACUCCUAGUAACACCCACAAUACGCCAGGGCGGCCACCGCUCAGCGACGCUAGGAUCCGGACGCCUCUUCCGUCAGGCCCGCGGCUGGAGAAGCCUAUCUCCACGUCUCCCCUGGCUGCUGCGCCAAACCAUUUCGCAUCCCUGUCAAGUGUCGACUCGAUCAAGGUAGAUCUGGAGAAUGCAGCGUCGAGGAUUCUUUCCUCGCCGCACCGCAAUCGCUACAGCAGCGUCUGUGCGCUUCUGAUCUACUGGCAGGAUGAUGAGCACCCAGGUGUGAUGGCCGCGGUAGAAGAACUGGCUGGGGUCUUUGGUAAAUACUACCAAUUUUCGUAUGAGAUACUCAAGAUUCCGUCAUCCGCCUCGGAUGGCUGCACUAACUCGUGGCGGUGGCUCUCGCGGAUAAUCAACGAUUUCACGGACAAAAGUGACACCAGGGACGUCCUUAAGAUCGUGUAUUACAACGGGUAUAGUUACUUGGACGAGCAUAGAGAAAUGGUUCUGGCAAGUUCCCGGGACCGUGCGAAGGCUUCGACUAUUCGAUGGAGCGGUAUACAACAGAUAUUGGAGGAAGCGCGCUCGGAUACUCUGAUUGUGAUGGAUGCAGCAUACUUUCCAUCUUCGAAGAUGGUUCGGCAAAAGGGGGUGUUAGAGCUUAUUGCAGCAUCUUCCUCAGAAGACUACUUCGACGUGUUGGAUCGAAACGGCUUUACAAGAACGUUAGCUGACCAGCUCCGAACACGGGCCACCCAGCGAUUUCCGAAUCCCCUGUCAGCCGCCGAACUACAUUCGAAACUCCUAUCCGUCUACCCUAAGAUUAUCCAAGAUAAGCACCCCGAGAAGGGGGUGGCAAUAAGCUUCCCUUCGCCACUGCACAUACAAAUCUCGGGUAACUCGAGGUUACCCUCGAUUACGUUAUCUCCGCCGCAACCACCUCGGGCGCUUUAUCCCGAGAAUCCCCACGGCCCCCAGUUAACAUUUUCGAUGCGGUUGACCGAGGCGAUCAACCUUGAGAGCUGGGACGAAUGGUUCCGCAUGAUGCCAGAUGGGAUCAGAGACUUCAAAGUCGAGUGUCCAUACGCAACUACGUUUAGGUGA